GCGAGGGACGUGUCUUCUGCAGGAAUAUCAGAUGAGGACCGGCUGUGCCAUGCGGACUUGAAGCCCCCUUCCCUGCAGUAGAAUGGGUUUGACUCUCUGACACACACACACACACACACGCACACACGGGCACCACGCUGACCAGCAGACAACCAACCGGUGCUCCCUGGUUUCCUAGGACAGACGGGUUUGAGAGACAGAUGGAAGGCAAGCGAGGAAAAAGAGAGGAACAUGGAUACUAGGAGGGGAAAGAUGAAAGGAGAAAAGGCUGUGUGAGAACGGAGGGAUCAGAGGGAGGAGAGGAACCACAGCUCGAGCAGAUCUGGCCAGGUGAGAGGAAGGUAGGACAGAAGAAGGAUGCUGCGAGGAGAGCAUGGUGAAUACCAACGUCAGUACCACACACUGGGCAACGCGGCCCGCCGCUUCUCCAACCCAGAUGUCGAGGCAAUGGCCAAGCUGCAUGCAGGGGAUGCUGAGAGACAGCGGGGCAAAUAUCCACCUCAGCAUGCUGCUACCCUCGUCAGUGCCAAUUGUUCACGCCAGCAGCAACCACAUUACUGGAGCUUUAAGGCGAGGACUCCGCGUGCCAGCGGUGGUGGAGGUCAUCACUCUCUUGCCGAUCAGGGUGGAGGACGGUCGCUCUACGCCUCGGCAGAGAACCUAGAGACCAUGGGAGACGCUGAUCUUGCUCUUGGCUUCAGCCGCUCCAACCGCCUCAGACAGAGCCUACCACUUGCCCGCUCUCCCAGCCAGAACAAGCUCCGCCCACCAGGUGUUCUGUUCCUGCAGUUUGGAGAUGAGACACGGCGUGUUCACCUCAGCCAUGAGCUGAGCAGCAUGGAGACUCUGCAUGCGCUGAUUGUCCAUGUGUUCCCUCAGCAGCUGAAUAUGAGCGCGCUCCGCUCGCCCGCCACCGCCAUCCUCAUCAAAGACGAGGCACGCAACGUCUUCUACGAGCUGGAUGACCCUCGCCGGAUCCACGACCGCUGCGUCCUCAAGAUCUACUGCCGAGACACCGCGUACAGCACUCACCAUCACGCACACCACGGCCACGUCACCAACGGAGACCUGCGGAGGGAGCUAGCGUACACCUCGCGUGAAUCUUCUCCGACUCGCCGCUUGAACGCCCACCCUUCAUCCUCUUCUCCGUCAGCCUCCCCGUCCCGCCCGCAUGCCCGCCUUUCUUAUGCGUCUGUUCGGCCUUCCUCAUACGCUGGUCCACCCCCAUCCCCUCAGCCCCACGCUUACCAGCACCAGAACCCCAACCACCCUGCCUUCUGCCCCUCCUCCAGCGCCAUCUUGGAGCGACGGGAUGUCAGACCGGAUGAGGAGGCGCCAGCAUCACCAUCAAAGAGUGUGGUGCUCCUGAAGAACGAGGCAGCGUAUGCUGAUCCUUACGCACUCGUCCAUGGUGUGGCUUCACCCCAAUCGCUCGCUUUUCGACGCGGGUCACUGCGGUCCCUAAGCCCGUAUUCAGCUGCUGCUCUGCAUUGCGAAAUUGAUGCUGCCCUCUACAGGCCUGGAGGACCACUCUAUGCUGAGCCUUACGGCCCGAUGGGCUUCCGAACUUUGCCACCUGCAUCACCGCAGAAGCUGGAGCCGUACAGGGGUCACUCAGGUCGGGGAUCACCAGGACGGCAGGGAUUCAGAAAAGAUGGGACGGUGUAUGUAGAGGGUCAUAAAGCACGAGUCGGGGGCCCUUUGCUGGACCAGAUGUGUGUGAUGGGUGGAGCAGGAGGUGAGGGAGUCGCCCUUGCGGGAUACGAAACCGAUACAAGGGAGCGAAUGGAGGCCAUGGAGAAGCAGAUAGCCAGUUUGACUGGUCUGGUCCAGAGUGUUCUUACCCGACCCCCGGACAGUCCUGACAAGGCAGAAACAGCAAGCGACUGCUCAGCACCUGAGACUGGCAGGUCUAGAAAAGGAAAAGCCACGACUCCCUCGGCUCCUCUGGCCCUGAUGCCACCACCGCCCACUGGAACAUCUCAGCCGAUUACAAUGUCUCGAUCCCAAAUGCAAGUGCAUGUCAAUUACUUGCAACGGAGUACGACGGAGCUACGCAAGCAGCUGUCACAGUUACGCAAAAUACAGAUGCAGAAUCAGGACUCAGUGCACUCUUUGCUGAGGCAAGCAGAGGCCGAUUUGGGCCUUUGUCUGAUCGAAGCAUCUCGGACGCAGGAAGAUCCUCUACAACGCCAGCGCCUCCUCGUGGAGGAAGAGAGACUGCGCUAUCUCAAUGAAGAGGAACUGAUUAUACAGCAGCUACAUGAUCUGGAACAUUCAGUGGAAGAAAUGAAGACAGGGGCAGGGCUAAACCAUCAUUUGGUAACAGAACAAGAAGUGGAACAGAAAAUUCAAGAGCUCCGGAGGCUUGGAGAGACCCUGACCAAACUUAAGAAUCAGUUCCCGACGCUGCAAAGUAAAAUGCGCGUGGUGCUACGAGUGGAGGUCGAGGCAGUGAAGUUUCUGAAGGAGGAACCGCUGAGGCUCGAUGCUUUAUUGAAACGCUGCAGAAAUGUCACAGAUACACUCGCACUGCUGAGGAGGCAGGUAUCAGAAGGCCUUUGGAAGACUCCGGAAGACUUCAGCAGCUGCAGCGAUGUUGACUUUACAAAGAGCUGUGAUCUGGACAUCCUAACCAGCCCUUCUCUGACCAGUCUACCUGACUUCACAGGCACUUUAACAGGCACUUCUGGUCUGUCAGGCUCCUUGACGACCAACUCUGCCAGCAUAGUCUCUGGUGCCGGUCUGUCUAGUGCCCUUGGCACCAGUCUAGGCUUGAGUCUGAGUGCCACUGCUGGUUUAGCAGGCACUACCACUCUUGGGAACUGGCUGGCAAGCACAUCAGCUGUGGACAGCAGCAUGCCUGAGCAGGACGGCACCUCCGCAUGCACACCGAAGAGUCGUGGCAUCGAGGAUCUACCUACACGGAGAGAAACGGACAAAAGCGUGUCUGUGGAAGUCCGUCUGGCAGCGGAACGUGAUUGGGAAGAAAAGCGAGCAAGUUUAACCCAGUUCAGUGCCCAAGACAUAAAUCGUCUCUUGGAGGAGACACAAGCAGAACUGAUGAAGGCCAUCCCUGAUCUGGAUUUUGCUGCCAAACAGAUCACCAAACCUGCUGUGCCCCCAAAACCACAGCUGUCCUCUCUACCCAAACCUGCCUCACCAUCCUCCACACCAAGCUGUACACCUGAACACCAACCGGGAAAGCCACCACCUAAACCAGCUGGCAAGGAUGGCAUUCAACGAAGGGAAUCCGGGGAGUUGACCGUUCCACGGUAUCGAACAGAGAAGCCGUCCAAGUCUCCACCACCUCCACCGCCACGUCGCAGUUUUCCAUCAGGGCACAGGCUCACGACCAACAGCAGUGGCGAAGUUGUCAUCGUUAACAAGAGUGUUAAUAAAACUGAAAAGAAUGAAAACUGUGAGGAGUCAGAUGCACAAGUCCAGUCUCAGACGCCACCUGUUAAACUCAGACGACCUUCGACCUCUGAAGGGCCUCGGCCCUCCUCCACGCCGCCGGUCAUUGCUGCUUCUGGGAUGAAGGAGGAUGAGGAUGAGGAGGAGAAGAUCAUGGCAGAGCUUGAGAUCUUCCAGCCAGCACUGGUAAGGCCCGUCACCCCCAAGUCCAUCAGCCUCCCACAGACCACCAGUCCCGAGAGCAGAGGUCCCAGUUUGGGCCAGUGGACAUGCAGCAGUUUGUGGUUAGAGAAUGCAGGCACUCCUCCAGGUUCGGGUAAGACGUCGUCGUCGUCGUCAUCGUCGUCGUCUCGCCUGAAGCAGCUGCAGCAGAGCGGCUUGGAGCACAAAAACAGGAAGCAGCGCGAGCAGCAGGGCCAGCAGCAGCCAAUCACUGUCCUUCGCUCUGUCCUCCCCUGAGAUCUGAUCCUAUCCAAGGUGAUUAGACCAUGAAGGUGAUCCGUGAGGACGACGCAUGCACCGGACCCUGAGUAGGAUACUGAACUGCAGGCUUGCACAUGUUAUAUCUAAUACAUUAGGGUAAGUUAGAGUAAUUAAUGUAAUAAUAUAUCACUGUAUGUACAGUAAAAGAACAUCAACAUCAGCACCAUGGGGUAUUUAACCUGUAGCCCAUACACAGGCACUAAGUGAGCAAAUGUUAAUUAAUGUAUUGAGAUCAAUUAAUGGGAAAACUGGCACCUCGUACAAGCGAAAAGGUUUAGGGACAAAUAAAAUGUAUUUUUAAUACAAUUUUGCUUCUUUAGUUUUGGA